AUGUCGACCGUUUUGGCCCUGUCUGCGGCGUUUGCGCCAGGUCUAUCUCUGGGAAAAGCUGUCCGACGUCCAGAUGUUAGAUGGGGUAGUUUUAUCAGAACACUGUCUCCAAUCGGAUCGAUCGAAGCGAUCCUUGGGAAAACAAGAAGCAGUGUAGUUGACUCCAAGGUUGAUUGUUCAGAAACCGACUUGACCAAGAACGUCCAACCUCUCAAAAAUAAUGCUGCAGGAUCAAUACAAUGGCAACAAACGCCGCUACAACCCAACACUGGAGGAUGCCCUAUAUUGAAGCGGGUUCUAACACGCGGUCGUCUUACUUCCCCUCUGCGUGCAGAGGUCCAUUGCUGCGCCGAACUUGAUUUCCUAUUCGGUGUUCCCACAACCCCAGUCUGCUGCAAGGGAGAGUUUGAACCUGUCGGAUUCUCGGUUGGCGGCUGCGAACUUCUGUAA